CUUCCUUACAUUCCAUUUGGGCCCAUCAUACACAAGUAUUAUACAUUUAUAUUGCAUCAGACUAUCAUCACUCACAUCCGAAUGCGGUACGCAUCGCAACUCUUGUGAAAGUUUUUUUUUUUUUUCGUAAUUAAAUUAGGUAUUAGCUAAUACGAAGUUCAUGCAUGCAAUUUGCGUGUCAAAGUACACAAUUUUUAUACAUUUAUAUUGCAUCAAACUAUCAUCACUCACAUCCUAAUGCGGUACGCAUCCCAACUCUUGUGAAAGUUUUUUUUUUUUUUCGUAAUUAAAUUAGGUAUUAGCUAAUACAAAGUUCAUGCAUGCGAUUUGCGUGUCAAAGUUGCAUGCAUAGGUGAGAAAGUGACUAAAGACAAGUAGACAAAUUUUAUGCAUUUUUAAAUAUAUAUAUAUAUAUAUAUGAGAGAGAGAAUAGCUGAUCACUACUACAAUGGAACCAAAAAUGAUGAAGCUAGGAGGAUCUCUUGAGGUACCUUGCGUUCAAGAACUGGCCAAGGAGCCACUUACCACAGUUCCACCUCGAUAUGUCCGCUCUGAUCAAGACCCUCCAUUCAUAUCCAACACAACUUCUUUACCUCAGUUCCCAGUCAUCAACUUCCACACUCUCCUUUCAGCUGGAACUUCGAUGGAUUCAGAGCUUCAGAAGAUGCACUCUGCAUGCAAAGAAUGGGGUUUCUUUCAGUUGAUCAAUCAUGGAGUGAGUAGUUCAUUGAUGGAGAAAGUGAAGAUAGAGAUUCAAGAAUUCUUCAGACUGCCAAUUGAAGAGAAGAAGAAGUAUUCACAAGAACCAGGGGACUUAGAGGGAUUUGGACAGGCCUUUGUAGUGUCUGAGGAGCAGAAGCUUGACUGGGCUGACCUCUUUUACAUGGUUUCCCUUCCAACUCAUCUCAGAAAACCCCAUUUAUUCCCCAAGCUCCCUCUUCCAUUCAGAGAUACCAUGGAAGAAUACUCAGCAGAAUUGAAAAGCCUUGCCAUGAAGAUCCUAUUCCUUAUGGCAAAACCACUAAAAAUGAAGGCCGAGGAUAUAAGUGAUUUGUUUGAAGAAGGAAUGCAAUCAAUGAGGAUGAAUUACUAUCCUCCAUGUCCACAACCAGAGCUGGUCAUUGGCCUCAACCCUCACUCCGACUCUGUCGGCUUCACCAUCCUCCUUCAACUCAAUGAAAUGGAAGGCCUCCAAGUCAAGAAAGAUGGGAUGUGGGUUCCUGUUAAACCACUCCCUGAUGCAUUUAUAGUCAACAUUGGAGACAUCUUAGAGAUUGUUACCAAUGGAAUGUAUCGUAGCGUGGAGCAUCGAGCAACCGUUAACUCAGAGAAAGAGAGGCUGUCCAUUGCUGCAUUUCUUAGCCCCAAACUGGAGGGAGAUUUGGGUCCCGCGCCAAGCCUAAUAACUCCUGAGACUCCUGAAUCGUUCAAAAGAGUGGGUGUUGCUGAUUAUUUCAGGGGAUUUUUUUCUCGGGAGCUCCGUGGGAAAUCAUACAUUGAUGUCAUGAGAAUCCAAAGUCAUGAGGAGGAUCCAAGCAAGCACUUAGCACCACCUAAAAACUAACCUGAUCAUGUUUGAAUUCUAGUGAAUUAAUAAAUAUUGCAUUACAUGUUAUGAGUACGUUCAAAGUGAAUUAGUAAUAAUUGUUGUAUUACAUGCUUGACAAUAAUG